AUGCCCUCAGUCGUCAAGAUGGUCCUCGGCAACGGCCCCCUGGGUCCUUCCUUUGCUCCCUGGAUCCGCCAACACUCUGGUAUCCAAAAGUACUGGUCUAGGUGGUCAAACCUCUACAAGCAGGCCGCUGGUUACAGGCAGAAGGGUUACUUGUUGGACGACCUGGUCCCCGAGGAGACCGCCCUCAUGCAGAAGGCCAUCUCCCGUCUCCCCGAAAAGGCCGGUUUCGACCGUGUCUUCCGUCAACGACAGGGUCUCAUCCAAUCCGCUCUCCACAAGGAGCUUCCCAAGGAGAAGUGGACUACUGCCCAGCAAGACGAGCGAUACCUUACCCCUUACAUUGAGCAAGUCCUCGCCGAAGAUGCUGAGCGUGCCGAGUGGGACCACCACGUUGUGGAGAAGAUCCAGAAGAGGAGGGCGAGCAAGAAGAGCCCCUUCGAGCGAUACUAG